CUCAAUUUCCUUGAAUCAUCAUGGAGAUAAACAACAACGGUACUCAUGAUGAAGAACUAUAUUUACUGUCUGAGAUAAUCUCUUCGUUGUCUUCAGAACAUCAUAAUGAACUAAACCCCUUGCAAGAGAUAUUCGGUGCGCAGUCGAGUUCUUCAGCGCUUUCCUUUUCCAAGCCUAAGGAUGUUACCAAUAACAGUGAUCAGAGAGACAAAAAAGAUAAUUGCAACAAGAAUAAUCAUGCUACUAAACGACAACGUUCCAUGGAAUAUCGUGUGCUGAUGGAGAAGAAAAGACGACGACUUAUAAGAGAUAAAUUAGAUAUAUUACAGGAGCUGACGCCUAAUUGCGCAAAGUCAGACCUUGCAACGAAGCUUGAAAGCAUCGUAGAAUACAUUAAAAGCUUAAAACAUCAGAUAGAUGUAAGCUACUUUUUCUCAUCUACAAUUCACACACACAUUCACGAAUUAAAGAAGUCUUAUGUGGUCCAGAUGAUGUCUAAAGCAUACACAGAAGAGCCUGCGGGUUACAUGGCACCAUUUUAUGGAGCUCAAGCACCAUGUAUGUCUCCAUACACCAGUCCUUGGUGCUAUUAUGCGCCAGGAAUCCCAAAGAUGCCUCACCAAAAUAUUCCCUUUAACCCGCAAUUUCACCAGGUAUAUGAAACGGCGCCGCCUAAUCAAACUCAAAUUUAGUAUGAUCUUUACUGCGUCUUAUCUAAGAACCCGCUGGCUUUUGAACCGUUUCUUGUUCAUGUAAAUACUGUCGUUGUAAACUUAUAUAUAAAAAAGUAGUCUUGAAAUGGAUAAAAU